AUGUCCAAAACUACUAAAGAGCUACUCGGCAGAUUAGCGGAUCUAUGGAUUGUUGGGAAAUGCAAAUGUUUUAUGCAACGAUCGAAAUCCACUUCUCAUAUUGACUGUUUCCAGUUAGAACCAUGGGUUGUUGAAGAACUGAAUGUAUGCGCAAAUCUUGGGAGCUCGAAAUACUCCGCUGGAACACCUUCAGUCGCUGAUUCCAUACUAUACACGGAGAGUCUUGACAGUCUUCAGCCGGAAAAUGUCACGACAGCUUUUCGAUUUAGUGGAAACUACUAA